AUGUUUUAUGUAAUUGGUCUGGGACUUGGUGAUGCCAAGGAUGUCACAGUUAAAGGUUUAGAAAUUAUUAAAAAAUGUGACAGAGUUUAUUUAGAAUCAUACACGUCAAUGUUGACUGUUGGACCAGAAGUUUUAGAAAAAUUUUAUGGUCGUCCAGUAAUUGUUGCUGAUCGAGAAUUAGUAGAAAGUGGUGCUGAUGAAAUUUUAUGUAAAAGUGAUACUGAAGAUGUUGCUUUUUUGGUUAUUGGUGAUCCAUUUGGUGCAACAACUCAUACUGAUUUAAUAAUACGUGCUGAAGAACAAGGAAUAAAAGUACAAGUUAUUCAUAAUGCUUCAAUAAUGAAUGCAAUUGGUUGUUGUGGUCUUCAAUUGUAUUCUUAUGGUGAAACAGUUUCAAUUCCUUACUGGACAGAUACAUGGAAACCUGAUAGUUUUUAUGAAAAAAUUGCUGGAAAUAUUAAACGAGGUUUACAUACACUUUGUUUGUUGGAUAUUAAAGUUAAAGAGCCAACUUUUGAAAGUAUUAUGAAAAAAAAAAAAGAAUAUAUGCCACCUAGAUUUAUGAGUGUUGCUGAAGCAUCUCAACAAUUAAUUGAAACAUUAAAAAAUAGAAAAUUAGCUGAACAAGAUCUUGAUUUUACUGAAAAUGAUCUUGCAGUUGGUCUUGCAAGAAUAGGAUCAGACAGUCAAAAAAUACUUGCUUGCAGUCUCAAUGAAAUGAGUACAACAGAUCUUGGACCACCACUUCAUUGUUUGAUAAUUCCUGCUAAAAAAUUACAUCCUCUUGAAGUUGAAUAUCUUAUUAAAUUUUCAAUAAACAAAGAAGAAUUUUCGAAAAUUAUUGAAACAUAUUAA